UGCCAGUUCAGCAGAUAGCUAAAAAGAAUAGACCACAUCUCUGCAUUGGAGUAUUCCGUCACCGAUUUGUGACUUCUUUUUGCUUCUCUUGGAAGAGCCGUGAACGUGCUCCUGCUAAUCGGCAUUAGCCUUAAUAAUAAACAAAGGCAAAAAAUUACAAACAUAAUGUUUGCUCCAGGCGCGGCACCCAUUGUUGUCUUGAGUCAGAACACGAAACGGGAUACCGGUAGGAAGGUGCAAAAAGAGAAUAUCCAAGCGGGAAAGGCGAUAGCUGACGUUAUCAGAACAUGUCUUGGACCACAAGCCAUGCUGAAGAUGCUGAUGGACCCGAUGGGCGGUAUCGUGAUGACAAAUGACGGGAACGCGAUCUUACGUGAGAUUACAGUGCAGCAUCCAGCUGGCAAGUCCAUGAUAGAGAUUGCCAGGACUCAAGAUGAGGAAGUGGGCGACGGCACCACAUCAGUAAUUGUCUUAUCAGGUGAGAUCUUGGUCACUGCUGAGCCAUUCCUGGAGCAGAACAUGCAUCCUACAGUCAUCAUAAGGGCUUACCGCCAAGCUCUGGAGGACAUAGUUACGAUUCUCAACGAGCAAGUCAGCAUUGAUCUGGAUUGCAAUGAUAAGGACAAGCUGGUGCAAGUGAUAAACUCCUGUAUAGGCACUAAAUUUAUCAGACGUUGGUCAGAAUUGGCAUGUCAGAUCGCCUUAGAUGCUGUUUAUACAGUGAUGUUGGAGGAGAACGGAAGGAGAGAGAUCGACAUCAAGCGUUACGCCAAGGUGGAGAAGAUACCAGGCGGCACAGUAGAGGACAGUAUUGUCUUGAAAGGUGUGAUGAUUAACAAGGAUGUGACGCAUCCAAAGAUGAGACGUUAUAUCAAGGAACCUAGAAUAGUUUUGCUAGAUUGCCCAUUGGAGUACAAGAAGGGCGAAUCUCAGACAAAUAUAGAGAUCAUGAAGGAUAGUGAUUUCACGAAGAUCCUGGAGCUGGAGGAGCAACACGUGAAGAAGAUAUGCGAGGACGUGAUUUCUGUGAAACCGGAUGUCGUGAUCACGGAGAAGGGUGUAUCCGAUCUUGCGCAACAUUAUCUCGUCAAGGCUGGAAUCUCGGCGAUACGUAGGCUACGGAAAAGCGAUAUCAACAGGAUCGCUCGUGCCUGCGGUGCCACCGUUGUGAAUCGCACUGAGGAACUGAAGGAAGAGGAUGUCGGUACGGGAGCUGGUCUCUUCGAGAUCAAAAAGCUCGGCGACGACUACUUCUGCUUCAUCACGGAGUGCAAGGAACCGAAAGCCUGUACUAUCAUCUUGAGAGGAGCCAGCAAGGAUAUUCUGAACGAGACCGAAAGGAACUUGCAGGACGCGCUGCACGUCGCCAGGAAUCUACUUAUAGAUCCAAAAUUGGUGCCAGGUGGUGGAGCAGUGGAGAUGGCGGUGUCACGGCUCUUGUCGGAGAAGGCAGCUGGUCUUGCCGGGGUUGAACAGUGGCCGUAUAAGGCAAUCGCACAGGCUUUGGAGAUCAUUCCCAGGACAUUGGCACAAAAUUGCGGCGCCAAUACCAUCAGAACGUUGACAGCGUUGCGCGCGAAGCACGCGACUGAGGGAACCACCUGGGGUAUCGACGGAGAAACUGGUAAAUUGGUCGACAUGAAGGAACGCGGCAUCUGGGAGCCACUGUCGGUAAAGCUGCAAACGUACAAGACAGCGAUCGAAACCGCCAUCCUGUUAUUGAGAAUCGACGACAUUGUUUCCGGCAGCAAGAAAAAGAAGAACGACAACGAGACCGCACAGCCGAGUCAAGUCACGGAGGAGUCUAUGAAAGAAUAAAAGUAUUUUCGAUAUCUGUUGCAGCCUAAAAUCGCUUGCGUCUCUAUUAAGAUACUAUUAAGAUUCUAUUAUUCUUUGCAAAACUCGCGUGUCAGUUUAUCGAAUUUUUAUCUCGUCCUCUGUAUUGUAUUUUUCACAUUAAUAAAGAUAAGUUUCUGUGAGCUUGUCGAAAAAAGCGAUUUUUCUUUAUU